AUGAAGUCAUUACUGAUCGCUUUGACGUUCUGCAUCUUGGUCGUCAAAAGCAAUCGUGCUGGCGGCCGAAUGAAGCAAACAUUGCGUUGGGCAAAUCCAUUCAUGCCAAGCAAACAUCCCGCCAAUUCUAGGGGUGAUGUUACAAAUAGAAGCUAUGCCUUCAUGAGCAUGCAGCCAGUACCGCCCGGCUUACCAAGCAGCAACCCCUUCGACAACAAAUCCUUCAACUACAUGCCUCGAGUUGCGGUGACUUCGGCCUUCAAGGCUCCCGUGCACAUUGACGUCGGUGGGGUCAUUUACACCUCCUCACUGGAGACGCUAACAUCCUAUCCGGAGUCCAAGCUGGGCAGGAUGUUCUCCGGCGCGAUUCCGAUCGUGCUGGACACGUUGAAGCAGCACUACUUCAUCGAUCGUGACGGCGGCAUGUUCCGGCACAUCCUCAACUUCCUGCGCAACAAGAGGCUUCUGCUGCCGAACGAUUUCCCCUACAUCAACCUGCUCCUGCAAGAGGCGCAGUACUUCGAGCUGGAUCAUAUGGUGCUGGCGUUAACCAUUCUAAAGAAGGAGAAAGAGGAUGUUAAGCUGGAGUGGGGUAGCGGACCCGAUACGGAAUCGGCUGAGGACUUCAUGCACAAGUGGAAAAGAGGUCGGCGACAGGACAAC